CACAUCAGAGCUGAAGGAUCCUGGCUCUUCAUGAGAUUGGGGUUGCUGCAAUGGACGACCAGUGUGUGUCCCACAGUAGUCCUCAGGGCGGAGGAGGUCAGUCCAGCACUGAGGUUCAAAGGUCAGAUGUCAUCAGGUGUGGGUGGCUCAGGAAGCAGGGGGGGUUUGUCAAGACUUGGCACAGUCGCUGGUUUGUGCUGAGAGGGGAUCAGCUCCACUACUACAAAGAUGAAGAGGAGACCAAAUCCCUGGGAGUCAUUAUUUUACUUGGAAACAAAGUUACAGAACAUCCAACCAGUGGUGAUGAAGGAGGGAAAUUUCUUUUUGAGGUCAUUCCAGGGGGAGAAAGAGAGCGGAUGACCAACAACCAUGAGACCUACCUGCUUAUGGCCAGCUCCCAGAAUGACAUGGAAGAUUGGGUGAAGACGAUACGGAGAGUCAUCUGGGCACCUUUCGGUGGAGGGAUCUUUGGUCAAAAGUUGGAGGAGACAGUCCGAUACGAGCGCCGCUUUGGGAACAAGCUUGCCCCCAUGCUGGUUGAGCAGUGUGUGGACUUCAUUCGGCAAUGGGGUCUUCAAGAAGAGGGUCUAUUCAGGAUGCCAGGACAGGCCAACCUGGUCAAAGAGCUGCAGGAUGCCUUCGACUGUGGGGAGAAGCCAUCUUUUGAUUGUAACACAGAUGUGCACACCGUAGCCUCUCUUCUGAAGCUGUACCUCAGAGAAUUGCCCGAGCCCGUCAUCCCCUUCCAGAAGUAUGAAGAGUUCCUGGCCUGUGCCAAACUCUUAAGCAAAGAUGAUGAAAUGGGUAUGAAAGAAUUAAAAAAGCUUGUAGAAAGUCUACCUCCAGUGAACUACAACCUACUCAAGUACAUCUGCAGAUUUCUUGAUGAAGUCCAGUCUUAUUCAGGUGUGAAUAAAAUGAGUGUCCAAAACUUGGCUACAGUGUUUGGUCCAAAUAUCUUGAGGCCGAAGAUUGAGGAUCCAGUAACAAUUAUGGAAGGAACGGUUCUAGUUCAGCAACUCAUGGCAGUUCUGAUUGGUCGCCAUGAUGUUCUUUUCCCGAGAGACGAAGAUGAGCCGACAUUGCUCGAACUCGCCAACAACAAUAUUGAGCUGCCAAAGAGACAGGCCGCCACAACUACCUCACCCAUCACCGCAGUGUCCCAGAAUGCAGAGAACAACAACACACAGGUGGGCCGGCAGUGUGCUUGGGAAGCACCCGAGUUUCAUUCAAACCACCAACAAGUCGACAACAGGGGAUCCUCGCGAUCAGCAAGUCCCCGAAAUGUUGUCCCAGGACACUUUGACAUGACCCGGAGUCCACCGCUGACCAUAAAGAAGAACCCAGCUUUCAGUAAAGGCAGUGGGAUUGUUACAAAUGGCUCCUUUAGCUCCUCCCCCUCCUCAGAUCCCACUCUAGAUAAGAACCAGAUCAUAAUGGUAGGUGGGAAUUUACCAGUUCGUCGUAGUGGGACGCUAAAAGGCUCUGGAACGAAAAUGGGCACCAGUGGGGUGACGAGCGGAGGCAGUCCUGCAGGGAAUGGGACUGGCAUCUUGCGCGUUGGCAUCUCAGGGUCUGAUGGGAUCACAGGAAGUCUGAAUAAUCGUAACGGUCUCUGGGUACAAAAUGGCUGCGUCAUGCUCCGAGAGAACAAUAAAACACGCCACUGCUCCAGCGGGGAUCAAACAGCCAGUCAGAAUCGUCUGUCUACAUAUGACAAUGUGCAGUUAAAUCACCAGAACCUGCAGAAUCAGACCACCAACACAUGUCUGAGCAGCAGCUGUGAGGACAAGCAGAGUGUGGACAGCGCCACUUGGUCCACAUCCUCCUGUGAAAUCUCCCUCCCUGACAACACCAACUCCUGCCGCUCCUCCACCACCACCUGCCCCGAGCACGGCUUCUACAGCGGUCACUAUGAGGACUUGGAUGGACCAGCACAGGAUUGUGAGCCUCUCCAAACUGGUGGAGGAGGAGAGGGGAGUGGCAGGAGCAACAAUGGGGAAGGAGAUGGAGAUGGAGCUGGGGGGAGCAGUCGGGGCACCAGCAGUAGUGAGACCAGUGAGAGUUUCACUGUUGGUAAUGGACCUGGCAGCCACAGCGCUCUGCACAGUCUAGUGGCCAGUCUUAAACAGGAGAUGCACAAACAGAAGUCUGAGUACGAAACCAGGAUCAAAAGCUUGGAGCAGCGUAACCUGGAGCUGGAGACAGAGAUGGUGAACCUCCACGAGGAGCUGGACCAGGAGAGGAAGAAGUAUACAAUGGUGGAAAUCAAGCUACGCAACGCCGAGCGCGCCAAAGACGACGCUGAGCGGCGGAACCAGAUGCUGCAGAAAGAGAUGGAACAGUUUUUCUCCACCUUUAGUGACCUCACUGCAACCGGCAAUGCCCCAGCCACCGACCCCCGCCGAACGGACCGCAACAACACCAUCUGGAUCCAGUAAAAGGAGGAUGAAGAACUGCCUUUGAAGACUGAAGUUCAUAUACAAAUGUCAUCGCUGAAGAGCCUUGAAUCAGGAAGUUGCUGCUGAUUGAAGGAGUG